GAAGGGCAAGUCUCCAACCUCUAUGGGUACCAACAAGGGCACAUCUAGUGACUCUGAAGAAAUCUCCGAUGCCAAGUUUACUAUAGUUUCACAGUUUCUUAGUAAAGCUAAGCGCCAGCCCAGACGCGAAGCAUGGUUCGGCCCGGGUUCGUCAUGGAAUUCUUUCAGAAAACCCACGAAACCAAACGAGUCCUAUGCGAAAGAACAGUUUCGGGCAGCUGAAAGUACCAUAAACAAAUCAACACCAACCACUUCUGGAACUGGACAUUCUAACACAGCUAAAACCGUCACUCGUACUAGGACAGAGUCCAACAUAAGCAAGAUAAGCAACUACUCCAACUCAAACUGGCCUAAUUUCAAUCAGACCAUCCAAAAUCUCAAGCUGCGACAUGAUGUCAAAUUCGAUCCUGAUUUACAUUUCAGACCCAAUCUUGAUGGCGAGAAUGGACAGAGAAAGAGUCACAAAGCUGAUGCUUUAUGGAAGUUAAUGAUGUCACAACUUAAUGGGUGUCUGAAUGACCGUGAAAAACUGAAGGAGGAUGAGAUAUUUCUAUUCUCCUCUGAGCAGGCCAACAAGUUUAUCGAUCCAAAGACUUUUAUAGAUGUUAUACGCUCCCGUUGAUUUUGAUUUUGAAACCACUUGUUACUCAUUCCCAAAUGACUGGGUCUUUUUUGGCA